CGGCCGGGGCGCGGGGCAGCGGGCAGAGCGACGCGGAGCUCCAGCGGCUCGGACCCCGACGACGCCCCGGCCCCGAGCCUGCGCCAUCCGGGCCGCCCUCGAGCGCCGGAGCGCCUCCCGGAGGCCGCCCUGCAGCACAUCCCCAGACGCCAUGCAGGGGGCGCUGAUGCCCUUGCCCGCACUGCUGUUGAUGCUGUUGGGGUGUGGGCCAAGAGCGUCCUCUGGUGGCGGAGCUGGAGGCGCAGCCGGCUAUGCCCCGGUGAAGUACGUGCAGCCCAUGCAGAAAGGACCAGUAGGACCGCCGUUCCGAGAGGGCAAGGGCCAGUACUUGGAAAUGCCUCUGCCGCUGCUGCCAAUGGACAUGAAAGGAGAGCCAGGUCCCCCUGGGAAGCCGGGACCUCGGGGUCCCCCUGGGCCUCCUGGCUUCCCGGGAAAGCCAGGCACAGGAAAACCAGGGCUUCAUGGGCAGCCGGGCCCUGCUGGCCCCCCUGGCUUCUCCCGGAUGGGCAAGGCUGGUCCCCCAGGGCUCCCAGGCAAGGUUGGACCACCAGGACAGCCAGGGCUGCGGGGAGAGCCAGGGAUACGAGGAGACCAGGGCCUCCGGGGGCCCCCAGGACCUCCUGGUCUCCCUGGUCCUUCAGGCAUUACUGUCCCUGGAAAACCAGGUGCCCAGGGGGUGCCAGGGCCUCCAGGAUUUAGGGGGGAACCAGGACCCCAGGGAGAGCCUGGGCCCAGGGGAGAUAGGGGCCUCAAGGGGGAUAAUGGAGUGGGCCAACCAGGGCUUCCUGGGGCCCCUGGGCAGGCAGGUGCCCCUGGGCCCCCUGGGUUGCCUGGUCCAGCUGGCUUGGGCAAACCAGGUUUGGAUGGGGUACCAGGAGCCCCAGGAGACAAAGGUGACUCUGGGCCCCCUGGGGUUCCAGGCUCUAGGGGAGAACCAGGAGUUGUUGGUCCAAAAGGCCCCCCUGGGGUAGAUGGUGUGGGGGUGCCAGGGGCAGCAGGGGUACCAGGGCCACAGGGCCCAGCAGGGGCCAAAGGGGAGCCAGGGCUCCGGGGCCCCCCUGGACUAAUAGGCCCUAUUGGCUAUGGGGUGCCAGGAAAACCAGGACCUAAGGGAGAUAGGGGCCCAGCUGGGGCCCCAGGGCUCUUGGGGGACAGAGGUGAGCCAGGAGAGGAUGGGGAGCCAGGAGAGCAGGGUCCACAGGGCCUUGGGGGGCCACCUGGCCUUCCUGGAUCUGCAGGGCUUCCUGGUAGACGUGGGCCCCCUGGGCCCAAGGGAGAGGUAGGACCAGGAGGCCCCCCAGGAGUGCCUGGUAUUCGGGGUGACCAAGGGCCUAAUGGUCUGGCAGGGAAGCCAGGGCUCCCUGGUGAGAGGGGACUUCCUGGGGCUCACGGACCCCCUGGACCAACUGGGUCCAAGGGUGAGCCAGGUUUUACAGGUCGCCCUGGAGGGCCAGGGGUGGCAGGAGCCCUAGGACAGAAAGGUGACUUGGGACUUCCUGGGCAGCCUGGCUUAAGGGGCCCCUCUGGAAUCCCAGGACUCCAGGGCCCAGCUGGCCCUAUUGGGCCUCAGGGUCUGCCAGGCCUGAAGGGUGAACCAGGCCUUCCAGGGCCUCCAGGAGAGGGGAAAGUGGGAGAACCUGGCUCUGCUGGGCCCACAGGACCCCCUGGAGUCCCCGGCUCCCCGGGACUCACAGGUCCUCCUGGGCCCCCUGGGCCUCCCGGCCCGCCUGGUGCCCCUGGGGCCUUCGACGAGACUGGUAUUGCGGGCUUGCACCUGCCCAAUGGUGGGGUGGAGGGGGCUGUGCUGGGCAAGGGGGGGAAGCCACAGUUUGGGCUGGGGGAGCUGUCAGCACACACCACUCCAGCCUUCACUGCAGUGCUCACCUCUCCCUUCCCGGCCUCAGGCAUGCCAGUUAGGUUUGAUCGAACUCUCUACAAUGGUCAUAGCGGCUACAACCCAGCUACUGGUAUCUUCACCUGCCCAGUGGGAGGCGUCUACUACUUUGCUUACCAUGUGCAUGUCAAGGGCACCAAUGUGUGGGUAGCCCUGUACAAGAACAAUGUGCCAGCCACCUACACCUAUGAUGAGUACAAGAAGGGCUAUUUGGACCAGGCGUCAGGAGGGGCUGUACUCCAGCUGCGGCCCAAUGACCAGGUGUGGGUGCAGAUGCCCUCAGACCAGGCCAACGGCCUCUACUCCACUGAGUACAUCCACUCUUCCUUCUCAGGAUUCUUGCUCUGUCCCACAUAACCCGUGGGGGGCCCUGCUGCCCUGGCCUCCUCCUCUUAGUGAUAGAGAGACCUUCCCAGUUCCAGAGAUCUCCAUUUGAAGGAAACAACAAAACAGCUGAACAGAGGCGGCGGCGGCCUUGGCCCGAGGAGACUGACCUGUUUCCCCCGUGUGUAGGCCGAAGUUGUUUUGGAAGAGGUUGGCCUAAUUCCCUUUCCCCCAGGUGCACUAUGGGGGUUGUACCCUGUUCUGGAUCUGCCUGGUCUGCAGGCAGCACCCCAGAACACUCAGCCUGGGCCCCUCAUGAGUCCUGGAAGUUGCUAGGAGAGAUGGUCUUCCUGUUGGCCUUAGAUGGCAUGGAAUGGGCCAGGGGCGAUUCCUGUGUUUGCUGGGCCUCUUCCAGCUCUCCAGGGGCCUUCAGCAUAUGACAUUAGGUUCCCUGGGGUUUUUGUUUCCUUUGUGGGGAAAGGAAGAAGGGAAGGGAGACCAUGGAGGCAGUCAAUGUGGAUAGACACCCCUGAAAUGAUGCUGUGGUCUCAGACCAGUCCUGGUGGGGACAGUUGUGUGGCCUUUGCUACUGGCCCCUGAAAGACUCCAGAAGCAGCCGUCUGUGGGAUCUGUGAGGGACAGAGGCAUGGAUCUGAGGCAUGAGAGUGGACAACCCUGGGCUGAGACGGAACUCUGUGUAGUGUCUCUACAGAUUACAGAGCCAACCAGGACUGAUGAUGGGCAAACAUGAAUGCCUCUCCCUCUUCCCUCUCACCUGCUGGGGGUGGGCUAAGAUUCUCACUAUCAGACUGUUAGGGGACCCUUGCCAACCCCAAGCUAAGUGUCUCUGGGCCCUCUGCACAGAGGCACACAAGCUUGUGGGUGAAGAUUUCUCUUUCUCCUUAAUAAGAACCACACUGUGGAUAUUUAGUGUCUACUGGAGGGGCCCAUCUGUGGGCACUUCCUCUCUCUCCGCCCUCUGCUUCCAAUUUCCUGUUCUAAGCAGGGUAGGGCCCAGGAGGCUGAGGCUCUGAAAGAAAGGAUGCCAGCAGGCCCCACUGGAAUGAGCUGGCUCUGGAGGCUUCCACCACCCUCUCUAAUCAGAAUGCUCCUUCAAGGAAACAGGCGGGCUUGCUUCCCAGCCCCUUGGCCCCCAAUUCAGGCUGGGAUCAGUGCUGGGGGCAGGGAUGGUGGAUAUUCUUGCAAAGGAUGACUGCUUUCUCUGUGGUCCUUCGUUCUCACCUAGUCAGCCCGCGUCCCUGUACCAAGUAUGAAUCUGGGACAUUCAGUAGGCAACCCACCUCGUGCUCUAGUUUGGGCCCAUUCAACCGCCCGUGCUGAUGGGCUGAGGAUGAAGGCCCAACUUCCUCCCCUGCAAAGCAGCCUAGUUAACUGCUUACUUCAGCUCCCAAAGGGGGUGGGAGCCUGCCUGGGACAGCAAGAAAAAGUUCUGCCCAGGGUUCAGUGUACAUUUCUGCUACCCCCAUUAGAACCAGCUAGCAUUUCAGAGCAGCCCCACUGGGCCUUUCAACCUCCUCCUUCCCUGGGUCAAAGCCACUAGUUGAUGUUAGGGAUGAGUUCUGCUGGGCAGCAAUGAAUCAGCUCUCAGAGGGAGCCCUGGGAACUGAGUAGAAAACCAGGGAGCCCCAAAAGCUGUCAAGCCGAGCUGCCAGACUCCCGGCCCAAAGCCUAGGGAAGGAUUGGAGAUUCUGAAAUGUUUGUGGAUUGGAGCUGUAGAUGUCACUGACAAAUAUUGUCAGUUUUAACUAUGACAACUAUACUUACCUUGUGCAUUUUUGUAUUCUGGCUUUUUUGUUUGUUUGUUUUUUAAGAUUAAGGUUUUUUUCAUUUGUGAUUUUAUUUCUAACCUGGUGUAGGAAGUUUCUAUUUAUCAUGUGCCCCGUGUCAGGUUCAGGGAAAAUGCAUUGGAGAAUCAGGAAAAUGGGAUUUCUUUAUGAAAAGAAAACUCCAGUAUUGACUGUAUUGACUACCCCCAAUAAAACCCGUUGUAGAAACACUGCCAAGA